ACCGACAGAGAGAGAAAAGAGUGAGUGGAAAGAGAGCGAUUGAGUGUGUGUGUGUGUGAAAGAGAGAGAGCUUAAGCAUGAGAGGAGAGGAGUGAGGAUGGAUCAAACGCGCACUAUCCUCGCAUGACAAUGAUGACGACCACUUUAUACUCCAAGACGUAGUAUUUUCACUUCACGUUUCAGGAUCACGGUACACAACAACCGCAAACUUGAUGAAAUGCAGUGACUUAACGAGAAAGUAACGGUUCUCUUCACCAAAACUAUAACAAACUCUUCAAAUACAACGUAUAUUACAACAAAUAUAUAUAUAUAUGUAUAGUGUUACCUUCAUUGUUUCACAACUCAUUUAUCGUGCUUCAUAACCCCCCGCGUAACUUUUUUUGGAUGGUUUUGGGACAGAUGACAGAGAGAUGACGGACUUAUUUUGAAAAACUGCUUAAUAUAUCUUUGAAUCCCAAAAUGGAAUCGUCGCUUAUGUACCUGUUUUUAUCGUUGACGUUACCUGGAGUCAUUUGGCGUGCGUCUUCGAAUCCCUCGCUGAACAAUCUCCAACCCGCUCUGAGCCAAUCCAGUCCAAAUGGGGGGAGAGUAGCGAGCAGGCACAGGAACUGGUGUGCUUACGUGGUGACACGCACCAUCAGCUGUGUAAUGGAGGACGGGGUGGAGACGUACGUGAAGCCGGACUACCAGAGAUGUGCCUGGGGACAGUGUACCAGAGUGAUGGCGUAUCGUACGUACCGGAGGCCCAGGUACAAGGUGGCCUAUAAAAUGGUGACAGAGAUGGAGUGGAAGUGUUGUCAUGGUUACUCCGGGGACGACUGCUAUGAUGGUCCAACAGGGACCGGGGACAGCCAGGUCACAGCGGGACGACCUCACGUCACACAGACCGGAUACAACAAUGGAAAUGGGCAGAAGGGAGGAGAGGUUGACAAUGACAGGAUGAGACAAAUGGAGGAGACUAUUCAGAGGUUGACCAAGGACCUCCGUGACAUACAGUCCACCAUGACGGGCAUGAACCUGAGGCUCCAAGACGGAACUAGGAGGCCAGGCCUGAACGGAGACAGGACCCCUGCAGACGCAGCCAAGCCCAUGAAAGAGACCAUCCACUACAUUCAGACCAAACUGGACCAACUGGACAAUCGCACGCAGGUCCACGACCAGACCCUGCUGUCCAUCAACAACCAUUUGGUCAAUGGUGACAGAGGUUCCCGCGGCAAUGAGCUAGACGGGGCUGUCACAGACAAGAUGGACGCCAUGAAGGAGGAGAUCCUCCGCGAGCUGGAGAGGAGGGUCAGUCUGUCGUGCUCCUCCUGCCAGAGCGGGGUGGAGGACAUGAGGAAGCAGCAGAAGAGUGACCAGGAGAGGAUCAGUGCUCUGGAGAAGUUGCUGAGUUCCAUGGAGCAACACUAUCGCCACAACAUGGAGGUCACCAGGAGGGAGAUGGAACGUACACAGGGCUGCUGCAACACCGUCACAGAGAUGGACAGGAGGCUGACCACCACGGAGGGCAAGUUUAACGCCACAGCACAGGGCUAUGAUGUCAUCAAAGAGCGCCUGGACAAGGAGCUGGGUGGUGGGUCGGGUGAAGGCGGAGGAGGAGGUGAGAAAGGAGGGAGGGCGAAGGUGACGGAGGAGAAGUUGAACAGUAGACUGAGGGAGGUGGAGAGGAGGCUGACCACCACGGAGGGGAAGUUUAACGCCACAGCACAGGGUUAUGAUGUCAUCAAAGAGCGCCUGGACAAGGAGCUGGGUGGUGGGUCGGGUGAAGGCGGAGGAGGUGAGAAAGGAGGGAGGACGAAGGUGACGGAGGAGAAGUUGAACAGUAGACUGAGGGAGGUGGAGAGGAGGCUGAACAACACGGUGAGGAAGACAGAGCAGAAGUUCACCAACACAGGAAACAACAUGAAGGACAACCUGCAGAGAGAGGUCACCACCAUCCGUAACAUAGUCCUCAGCCACAUGGAUGACCACGGCUACAGGAUAGGCAAGGUGGAGCUGGACCUCACAGUCCUGGCGGACACGGUUACUGACCACAGCCGACGACUGGGUCAACUAGAGAACACAACAAACUUUAUCGACACCAAACUGUCGAGGACAGUGGACAUGUGCUCCGAGACCUGCGGCCCCAACGGGAAGGGCGGUAAGACAGAAGACAUGGUCAAGACCCUGGAGUGGACAGUAGUGGCCAACAAGGAGGACAUCCAGAAGUUUGAUACCAGACUCAAGGACCUAUCGCUGACUGGCGACUCUAUAAUAGACAGAGUGGUGGAGCUCAGCAACGACGUUAAGAAGAUCAAAGGAUUGACGGGGGAGGACAGCGAACGCUUCAAUCAGAUAGUCACGGAGGUGGAGACGCUGGGGCGGAGCGUGGACGACUGCUCCAUCUGUAGCACAGUAGAACGAGACCUGCAGUCGUUCACCAACAGCACCAACAGCGCCAUCGGGAGGUGCCAAGCGGAACUGACCAACCUGCGCAACAGGUUUGACUCUGAAGACUCUUCUUGUUCCCAGCUGUGCUCCAACCUGCAGGAGGAAGUGGGGAGGCUGAAGGAGGAAGUGGAGGAGUGCACAGGGAACUGUAAGACCGGCCUGACGGACCUAAAGAAAAACCUGGACGGACAUACGACCCUCCACGGACGGUUGGGGGCGGACCUGAAAUCCAUCCAGGGGGAACUAUCCAAGUUCACCAUCAGGUUUACUACCCUGAAUGACUCUGUGAAGGGGCUCGGUCAUACAGUCCAGAGGCAUGGCAACACCAUCACAGACCUGGACUCUACCAAGGAUAACAUCAUGUCUGAGUUGGACCACGUGCAGACAGAGCUGGACGAGCACGUCAAGGACACCAGGGGGCGCUUCACUGACCUGGGUCGUGAGAUAAAGACCAUCACCACUAAAUACGUGACGGAGAUUGGGGAGUGUUGGCGCUCCGGGGACGGGCUGGACAAGAGGCUUUCCAAGAUGGAGGACGUCUGUGGCCGGCUGGAUGGUGUCUCCAACAGCCUGGCCAAGAUCAAGGAGGGGCUGAACAGACAGGUGUCAGGGCUGUGGAACUGUGUCAACACGCUCAACUCUACGGUCAUCUUCCACGACGAGUCCAUCGACAACAUCCAGCACGUCCAGCUUCCAGACGUUCAUUCUGACAUCAACAGGCUCAACACCUCUGUCCUCAACGUCCUCGAGGACUUCCACAGCUUUAAACAACAGGACUUUGUUGGUUCCCCUGGUCUGCCCGGUCCGAGAGGAGAGAGGGGCUACUCUGGACUCCCAGGGCCAAAGGGACCCCAAGGAAGAGAAGGGCCCCAAGGCAAACCUGGCAUAGAGGGGACCCUGGGACCUCCAGGUCUGAGAGGUGAAGAAGGUCCAGCUGGAUCAGAUGCCCACGUUCCUCGUCUGUCCUUCUCAGCAGCUCUGACCCGCCCUCAGGCCAGGGCUGGAACCAUAGUCUUCAACAAGAUCUUUGUCAACGAGAAGGAUGUCUAUAACCCAGACACAGGUUACUUCACAGCCCCAGUGAUUGGUAGAUACUUCUUCAGCGCUACCCUGACAGGCCAUAAGAAUGUGAAGCUUGAGGCUGUCCUAUCUAAGUCUAACUACGGAGUGGCGCGUGGGGACUCUGCAGGCUAUCAACCAGAGGGACUGGAGAAACCCAUGGCAGAGGCCAGACACACGCCCGGAGCCCUGGCUGUCUUCAACAUCAUCCUCCCUAUGAAGGCGGGAGAUACCGUCUGCAUCGACCUGGUCACCGGGAAACUAGCCCACUCCUCAGAACCCCUCACCAUCUUCAGCGGGAUGCUGCUGUAUGAGACCGUCUGAUUGGGCUAGACUGUCAGUGUGAGGCCUUCUGAUUGGCUGAUCUGAAGGAGAGGGAUGAGUCUAAUUGGUGCUUACAGAGACAAGCAGCAUUGUCUUGAGAUCAACAAUUGAAUCAAACCAGCAAGAGAAAUACCUUCAUGAAUGAUAUAGAAGAAAGAAAUCCAUCCAUUUGAUGAUUUUUUUUUUGGUGUUUCACAGCGUGGAGUAAACAGGAAUCCCACUGGGCACAGAUGUCCAUUCAAAGUCUAUUCCACGUUGGUUCAAUGUAAUUACAUUGAAAUGACGUGGAAACAACCGCUGUGUUCCCAGUGGGAUUAUACAUCCAUUUCUUUGGCAUUCAUUUCCUUUUUUUGAAAGAGAUGCCACUGCAGGGUUUUAUAUGUUAUAAUAUUUUAAUAGUUUGUUCAACACUAUCAACUUUAAUGUUUCACUUAUUUUCAUAAGCUGGCCUUGAGGUCUCACAUAUUCUUUAACGUCAAAGCAAACUAUAGUAUAUUUUUGAAAGGUUCACAAAAUAAUGCAAAGUAUUUUUGUUCCAUGUAGACUGAUACGCCCACAAAUAUGACUGGGAUGGUUUAUGUUCUAGAAUCUGUUUAUUGCACACAUUCUAUGUCAAAGUGGUUCUGAAGUAUUUUGUAUACUCAGUCUAAAUUACUCACACUAUCUAUUUCACGGGUGCAAACAGAUUGAAGAGAAAUGCAACAAUAAGCACAUUUUACUCAAGUAACAAAGCAAUUUCAGGGUUGGGGAGCAGACCAGCAACAAACAAAGUUACGCUGGUGUUCAUUCUGACUUUUGUUCUAGAACUCAGAAAGAAAAAUAACAUUUUGAGGAAAAUUCCAUUAAUUUGUUCUAGAACUCAAACAGAAAAAGAACAUUUGAGGAACAUUCCAUUAAUAUAUCCAAGGACUCAAGAGAAAGAUUUCUUCUCAGAAUCUCUAAUGUAGCCAUAAGGGUCAUGUAAACUUGGUGAAGGUCGAGGGUUCAACUGUAAAACGUGUGUCCUCUCUGUUUCUCUGUCAACCAUAUUCAGAGCCACAGAUAACACUGAUGAGGAGGGUACACAUCCCUCUAUCCCUCCAUGAAUUUAAACCUCAGCCAAGAAACCAUGUGCCUGGUCAAAAGUAGUGUACUAAGUAGGGAAUAGGGUGCUAUUUGGGACGAAUGCCAUGUUUCCUGUGUCCUUCCUCACUAGGCCAAUUAACAUGCUAUUAACUAUUAACAUAGUGGUCCUUCUGUAGCUCAGUUGGUAGAGCAUGGCGCUUGUAACGCCAGGGUAGUGGGUUCGAUCCCCGGGACCACCCAUACGUAGAAUGUAUGCACACAUGACUGUAAGUCGCUUUGGAUAAAAGCGUCUGCUAAAUGGCAUAUAUUAUUAUAUAUAUAUUACAUGCCUUUCCUUUCUAAAAGUAUUGGAAAUCAGUCCGAUACAGUACAGUACAGGAAGACCCUCUAGUGGAAUGUUCAUAUGUGAACACUAUCAAGGAACAUUAUCAUCAGAAAUGACAUUUACGGCCAUGUCCCCAAUGAUAUCCCAUUUUAACUAUAUAGUACACUACUUUGGACCAAGUGCACACAAAAAAAUAAAAAUAAUAAUAAUAUAUAUAUUAUUGUUUAUUUUAUUAUUAUUGUAUUCUUUUGUGCACUAGGUCCAAAGUAGUGUACUAUAGUUAGAAUAGGAUACUAUAAAUAAAAUGGGUGCCUUUUCAGAUGCGUAUUGUAUUUUAUCGUGCCAUAUGUUGCUAGAAUUUCCCAAAGCCUUGAACCAGCCCGCUUGGAAAUGCAAUUUACUUUGUAAUAUGUGUUUCUUGUUGUUGUAUGCGUUGAUGUACAACCUCAAUAGUUUGUAAAUAUUUGUAUGUAUAUUUUUUGGUCAUAUAUUAGUAAUUUGUUGUGACUGUAUGUUUUAGAUUUUUUUUAUUUUAUUAGGUUUGUGUUUUUGUUUUGUUUGCCACAUGUGACUCCAAUACAGAUCACUUUUCCACA